CAACUAUUUUGGGGCUUGCACUCUUGCGUUUGGCUGUAUUGCCGCAAAUCACACGCGUUGCGUGCCUGCGUUGCUAGCACUGGCACACCGGUCGACGCCGCACUGCUGCACCCGCAAACAAGUAUCGCUGCAACAGCUACAUGGCCGGCAUGCAGGAGGUCGUCGACUACUUGAGAGCCAAGGGCCACGUCCAAGCAGCGAAAGAUGUCGUGAAGGCCUUCUCGCAACCACCGAAGAAGUGGGCCAGCGCGCCUUCCACAAAGACGCUCGGCGUCGAAACUAGAUUAGUGCAGGGCCACGCGCCCCAACCGGACCCCUACGGGGCCGCGAACAUGCCCGUCUACGUGACGGCGACCUUCCAGCAGGCGUCGGCCACGGAAUUUGGGGACUUUGACUAUACGCGGUCCGGCAAUCCGACGCGAACCGCGCUACAGAGCGCCGUCGCCGACGCCGAGGGCUGCAACCACUGUUUAGCAUUUUCGACGGGCAUGGCCGCUUUAGCCGCCGUCGUGCGGUUGUGUUCGUCCGGGGACGAGGUGUUGCUGAGCGACGAUUCGUACGGAGGUACGUACCGCUUACUAGCCAAGGGCGCGAAGGAGGCCGGCGUGACGGUGAAGUACGUGGCCAUGGACGGGCCCGACGGUCCCGCGCGGUUGGAGCGGGCCUUCACGGACCGCGUCAAGCUCGUCAUGGUCGAGAGUCCCACCAAUCCGAUGCAGCGCGUCUGCGACUUGCGAGGUCUCUCCGCCGUCUGCAAGAAGCACAAUGCGCUCCUAGAAGUGGACAACACGCUCAUGUCGCCACUGUUGCAGAAGCCUUUAGCACUAGGCGCGGAUAUCGUCGUACAUAGUGCCACGAAAUUCAUCUGCGGUCAUUCGGAUACGAUGGCCGGCGUUUGUUGCGUCGACGACGAAGCUUUAUUUAAAAGAUUGUACUUCGUGCAGAACGCCGAGGGUACUGGACUAGCUCCUUUUGACUGUUUUUUGGCGCUGCGAGGCUUGAAGACCAUGGCUCUUAGAGUGGACCGGGCCCAACAGAACGCCAUUGCCAUCGCGUCGUACCUCCGACAGCACAAGCUCGUCACCAAGGUCUACUACGCGACGUCUGACGAUCAUCCCGACCGCGAAUUACAUUUAUCUCAAGCGACGGGCGGCGGGUGUGUCGUCUGCUUCACGACCGGGGAUGUGGAAUUAUCAAAGCAUGUCGUCUCCGCGACGAAGCUUUUCAGCAUCACGGUGUCCUUCGGUUCCGUGCACUCGCUCAUCAGCUGUCCCUGCGACAUGUCCCACGCGUCGAUUCCGGCCGAGGUGCGCGCGUCGCGCGACUUCCCGGAAGACAUCGUCCGCGUGUGUGUCGGCGUCGAGGAUCCAAGGGAUUUGGUCGCGGACUUCGAGCAGGCGUUCGCGUCCUAUCGAAGCUUCUCGCUGGGAGGCAUGACGAUCACCUCCCCCAUCUAA